AUGUCACCUCCACCAUCUGCUGCAGUCCUCCACCCAGCCUCCACCAUUUGCUGCAGUCCUCCACCCAGCCUCCACCAUCUGCUGCUGUCCUCCACCCAGUCUCCACCAUCUGCUGCAGCCCUCCACCAAGUCUCCACCAUCUGCUGCAGUCCUCCACCUAACCUCCACCAUCUGCUGCAGUACUCCACCCAACCUCCACCAUCUGCUGCAGUCCUCCACCCAACCUCCACCAUCUGCUGCUGUCCUCCACCCAGUCUCCACCAUCUGCUGCAGCCCUCCACCAAUCCUCCACCCAACCUCCACCAUCUGCUGCAGCCCUCCACCCAGUUUCCACCAUCUGCUGCAGCCCUCCACCAAGUCUCCACCAUCUGCUGCAGUCCUCCACCUAACCUCCACCAUCUGCUGCAGUCCUCCACCCAACCUCCACCAUCUGCUGCAGUCCUCCACCCAACCUCCACUAUCUGCUGCAGCCCUCCACCCAGUCUCCACCAUCUGCUGCAGUCCUCCACCCAGCCUCCACCAUCUGCUGCAGUCCUCCACCCAGUCUCCACCAUCUGCUGCAGUCCUCCACCUAACCUCCACCAUCUGCUGCAGUCCUCCACCCAGUCUCCACUAUCUCCUGCAGUCCUCCACCCAGCCUCCACCAUCUGCUGCAGUCCUCCACCUAACCUCCACCAUCUGCUGCAGUCCUCCCCCCAACCUCCACCAUCUGCUGCAGUCCUCCACCCAACCUCAACCAUCUGCUGCAGCCCUUCACCCAGUCUCCACCAUCUGCUGCAGUCCUCCCCCCCCAACCUCCACCAUCUGCUGCAGUCCUCCCCCCAACCUCCACCAUCUGCUGCAGUCCUCCACCCAACCUCCACCAUCUGCUGCAGUCCUCCCCCCAACCUCCACCAUCUGCUGCAGCCCUCCACCCAGCCUCCACCAUCUGCUGCAGUCCUCCACCUAACCUCCACCAUCUGCUGCAGUCCUCCACCCAACCUCCACCAUCUGCUGCAGUCCUCCACCCAGCCUCCACCAUCUGCUGCAUCCUUCAACCCAGCCUUCACCAUCUGCUGCAGCCUUCCACCGAGUCUCCACCAUCUGCUGCAGUCCUCCACCCAGCCUCCACCAUCUGCUGCAGUCCUCUACCCAGUCUCCACCAUCUGCUGCAGUCCUCCACCCUGCCUCCACCAUCUGCUGCAGUCCUCCACUCAGUCUCCACCAUCUGCUGCAGUCCUCCACCCAGCCUCCACAAUCUGCUGCAGUCCUCCACCCAGCCUCGGCCCAGUCUCCACCAUCUGCUGCAGCCUUCCACCCAGUCUCCACCAUCUCCUGCAGUCCUCCACUCAGCCUCCACCAUCUGCUGCAGUCCUCCACCCAGCCUCCACCAUCUGCUGCAGUCCUCCACCCAACCUCCACCAUCUGCUGCAGUCCUCCACCCAGCCUCCACCAUCUGCUGCAGUCCUCCACCCAGCCUCAACCAUCUGCUGCAGACCUCCACUCAGCCUCCACCAUCUGCUGCAGUCCUCCACCCAACCUCAACCAUCUGCUGCAGUCCUCCACCCAGCCUCCACCAUCUGCUGCAGUCCUCCACCCAACCUCAACCAUCUGCUGCAGUCCUCCACCCAACCUCAACCAUCUGCUGCAGUCCUCCACCCAACCUCAACCAUCUGCUGCAGUCCUCCACCCAGUCUCCACCAUCUGCUGCAGUCAUCCACCCAGCCUCCACCAUCUGCUGCACUCCUCCAACCAUAUAUACUACUUCAACCACCUUCAAGGGGAUGCAGAGCGGAUGAUCCUCAUCUUUUAAAAACAAUUUGUGAAUAUAGCGUGAAUAGCCAAUACGACAUCAUCACAUAUGACCUCUACAACUCUGAGCUGACAAUCCAGCAGAUUAACGGAUUGCCGUCUUCGUGCAUAUUCCACAAGGAUGGAUCCACCGAGGAGACGUGUGACGUUCUUAACCUCACCACAGGUACUCUGAAUGCCCUUUGUGUCAUCAACUACCAUACUCCCAUCCUCAACUACCAUACUCCCGUCCUCAACUACCACACUCCCGUCCUCAACUACCAUACUUCCGCCCUCAACUACCAUACUCCCGUCCUCAACUACCACACUCCCGUCCUCAACUACCAUACUCCCAUCCUCAACUACCAUACUCCCGUCCUCAACUACCACACUCCCGUCCUCAACUACCAUACUCCCGUCCUCAACUACCAUACUCCCGUCCUCAACUACCACACUCCCGUCCUCAACUACCAUACUCCCAUCCUCAACUACCAUACUCCCGUCCUCAACUACCAUACUCCCGUCCUCAACUACCAUACUCCCGUCCUCAACUACCAUACUCCCGUCCUCAACUACCAUACUCCCGUCCUCAACUACCACACUCCCGUCCUCAACUACCAUACUCCAGUGCCCUCAACUACCAUACUCCCGUCCUCAACUACCAUACUCCCGUCCUCAACUACCAUACUCCCGUCCUCAACUACCACACUCCCUACUCCCGCCCUCAACUACCAUACUCCCGUCCUCAACUACCAUACUCCCGUCCUCAACUACCACACUCCCGUCCUCAACUACCACACUCCCGUCCACAACUACCAUACUCCCGUCCUCAACUACCAUACUCCCGUCCUCAACUACCAUACUCCCGUCCUCAACUACCAUACUCCCGUCCUCAACUACCAUACUCCCGUCCUCAACUACAGUACUCCCGUCCUCAACUACCACACUGCCGUCCUCAACUACCAUACUCCCGUCCUCAACUACCAUACUCCCGUCCUCAACUACCACACUCCCGUCCACAACUACCAUACUCCCGUCCUCAACUACCAUAGUCCCGUCCUCAACUACCAUACUCCCGUCCUCAACUACCAUACUCCCGUCCUCAACUACCAUACUCCCGUCCUCAACUUCCAUACUCCGGUGCCCUCAACUACCAUACUCCCGUCCUCAACUACCAUACUCCCGUCCUCAACUACCACACUCCCGUCCUCAACUACCAUACUCCCGUCCUCAACUACCACACUCCCGUCCUCAACUACCAUAGUCCCGUCCUCAACUACCAUAGUCCCGUCCUCAACUACAGUACUCCCGUCCUCAACUACCACACUCCCGUCCUCAACUACCAUACUCCCGUCCUCAACUACCACACUUCCGUCCUCAACUACCAUACUCCCGUCCUCAACUACCACACUCCCGUCCUCAACUACCAUACUCCCGCCCUCAACUACCACACUCCCGUCCUCAACUACCAUAGUCCCGUCCUCAACUACAGUACUCCCGUCCUCAACUACCACACUCCCGUCCUCAACUACCAUACUCCCGUCCUCAACUACCAUAGUCCAGUGCCCUCAACUUCCAUACUCCCGUCCUCAACUACCAUACUCCCGUCCUCAACUUCCAUACUCCAGUGCCCUCAACUACCAUACUCCCGUCCUCAACUACCAUACUCCCGUCCUCAACUACCAUACUCCAGUCCUCAACUACCACACUCCCGUCCUCAACUACCAUAGUCCCGUCCUCAACUACCAUAGUCCCGUCCUCAACUACAGUACUCCCGUCCUCAACUACCACACUCCCGUCCUCAACUACCAUACUCCCGUCCUCAACUACCACACUCCCGUCCUCAACUACCAUACUCCCGUCCUCAACUACCACACUCCCGUCCUCAACUACCAUACUCCCGCCCUCAACUACCACACUCCCGUCCUCAACUACAGUACUCCCGUCCUCAACUACCAUAGUCCCGUCCUCAACUACAGUACUCCCGUCCUCAACUACCACACUCCCGUCCUCAACUACCAUACUCCCGUCCUCAACUACCAUAGUCCAGUGCCCUCAACUUCCAUACUCCCGUCCUCUACUACCAUACUCCCGUCCUCAACUUCCAUACUCCAGUGCCCUCAACUACCAUACUCCCGUCCUCAACUACCAUACUCCCGUCCUCAACUACCAUACUCCAGUCCUCAACUACCACACUCCCGUCCUCAACUACCAUACUCCAGUGCCCUCAACUACCAUACUCCCGUCCUCAACUACCAUACUCCCGUCCUCAACUACCAUACUCCCGUCCUCAAAUAUCAUACUCCAGUGCCCUCAACUUCCAUACACCCGUCCUAA